UAUUACUAUUAUUAUUAUUAUUACAUAAUGGGAAGUCCUGGAAACAAGUCCUUUAUUAUAAUUUGAUCUACUCUUUGAAUAUUUUAACCAGUCAAUUGUAUAUUUGUUAUGGAGAUUAUUUAUCAACUAUUGAAUAUAGACAUCUUACAUAAAUUUAACCUUUAUUAUAUAAUCAUUAAUUUAUUUAGUAUCCAAUGGAUUUUAUCAUAUCAGCAAUUGUAUCCAACUGAUUUUCAAUCAUUAAAUUUAGGAUCAUGUAUUAAAAAUGAUGGUGAUGCAUUUUGUCAAAUGUAUAGACGUAAUAGUUUUUGUUCAAUUCAACAUGAUGAAUGUUUUUGUUUACCAGGAUAUGUAUCAAUUUAUGAAAUGAAUGAUAGUUGGUAUACAUGUAAACCAUUACUUACAGAUUUAUACUGUCGUAUAGAUUCAGAUUGUUCUUAUAUUCAUGGUAGUAUAUGUCAUCCAGGAGUUGGUGCAUGCGUUUGUCCUAGUGGUUAUGAAUUUGUAUUUCAACAUUUUUCCUGUUUACCACGUGUAAAUGACAGUUCGAAUCCGUUUUGUACAGCUUGUCAAAGAAUUGAUGGAGUAUGUGUGUUAAAUAAUAGAAAAAAUGGUUUAUUAUUGAAUAAUUAUUACCAAGGUGAUCUUCAAUGUGCAUGUCCUAGAAAACCAAACAUUUCUGUUAUAAAGAAUUACUCAUUUUUUGAUAUAUGCAAUCCAAUCCCUGUUGAUAUUGGAGAAGAAUGUAAUGAUAUGAAUAAAGUAUGCCUUAGUCAAAAAGCAAUUUGUCUUGAACAUUCAACCAAUAUACGUCAAACACAAUUAACAACAAAUCGUAAUGUAAAUAUAUGUGUUUGUCAUGAAGGUAUGAUUCCAGUAUAUCAGAAGAAUUUAGACUAUUUUGAAUGUUUUAUUGAAGAAACUGAUCCAACUAUUAUUGAUUGUCAAAAUUGUUAUCAAUCAAAUGGGAAAUGUUAUCGAUUUAAUAUUGAAUCAAUAAAUCGAAUACAAUAUAAAUAUAGUUGUUCAUGUUCAUUAUUUAAACAAACUGAUCAAUCUAUUAGUGAUUAUUAUCCAUAUUAUUUAGAUAUAAAUUUGAAUAAUAAUAAUAAUAAAAGAAUGAACAUUGAAUUUGAUCAAUAUAAACAAGGAAAACAAUUAUCAGGAUUUCAUAUAAAGAAGAAAGAUUGUAUAGAAUAUCUAUUACAGAUUACAUGUAAUCAAGAAAGUAUUCAUAUCUGUUUUAAAAAUCCAUAUCAAACAUCAAUGAUAAGAACCAAUCAUAGAUCAAGAAGCAUUCAAGUCUACUUGGAUACAUCAAUGAUCAUUCCUAACUUCAUUCAAAAUGAAUUCAAUUAUUCUAUAGAUUAUCAAAAAUGUUAUUUAAUAAAACAGAAUAAUGAUGAAUAUUGUUUAUUAGUUAAUCUUAAUACAUUAAAUGAAUUAAGACAAUGUGGAAUUUAUGAAAUAAGUUAUAAGUAUGGAUCUGUAUUUUAUGGCACAUUACAUGCUGAAAUUACAAAGAGCGACAGUUCAUUAUUGAGAAACGUUCAUAUUGACUUUUUUUGUCAUAUCAAUGUUUCAUAUUUGAAUGGAUCAAAUCUAUCUACUUCGUAUUUCUAUGAUAGAUCGAUCACUCUUACAAAAAGAACUGGUCAGUUGGCUUUAUCUCAAAAAUCACCGAGAAUCAAUAAACUUCUUCCAACGAAAUACGUCGAAAAGAUCACUAUGCAAGACGAAAGGACACGAAAUACUAAUUCCGAUUCAAUAUCUUUGUCCAUAAAUAACAUAACCAAAAAUAUUUCUCAAAACCAUGAAAUAACAUUAAAAAUCUCUUCAUCAUUAUCUGAAUUCAUAUUAAUAGAAUAUUGUUUGAUCAAAGGUCAAUCGAUUCCUUCCAAAACACUACCAACAUAUGAACAUGAAAAACUUUUAGAUUUAAAAUGUUUUAAUACAAACAUUCAUAGAAUUAAACAAAUCAUUGAUAUAUAUAACAAUCAAAUAGAAUAUCAAUGUAUUUUAUUCAAACGAAUCAUUCAUCAUCGGACAGCUAAUAAGAAUCAUUCAAUUUGGAUUAGUCAAUCAUUUCAUUUGAAUAAUAUCUCAAUAUAUAAUACUGUGUAUUCUACUUGUCUUAUACGUGUUUGUCAGAUAGAACAACUUUGUACAUAUGCUGAAUUUUAUUCAUUGAAUAGAACAAAUAAACAAUAUAAUGAAUCAUAUAUACAAUCUAAAGUGUAUAUACCAUUGAUAAUGUUGAAUCAUAAUAACCAUAGGAACAAAUCUAAAUUAUCCCACUUAUUCCCACCAAUAAAUUUUAAUCAUUUAAUACAAUUUUACUUUAUUCAAUCUACAUUGCAAAUGAAUCAAACUAAUAUUAACAUACAAUUAAAUGAUUCUAUUGAUGCAUAUUUUAAACAUUCAACUAUAAAUGCGAAUAAAUCACUAGAAUAUGUUUGGAUUAAAUAUAUUUUGGGAAUUUCCAUUUUUACUUUAAUGUGUCAAAUAAUAAUAUUUUCAUCUAAACAUUUGAAGAAAUGCUCCACAAAAUACAAACUUGUCAAUCAUAGAAAUCUGUUUCUAAUGACAGAGGAUACAAACAAAGUUCAACAAUCUGUGAAUAGAGAUAUAAACACUAAACAAAUUUGUCAUAAUGAUUAUAAUAUUGAUAAUAGAUGUGAAUUACAUAAUACUAAUGUUAUAAUUAAUGAUAAUAGAUUAAACAAAGAAAUAAAACAUAAUGAAUGUGAUAUAAUUGAACAUAAUCAACUUGAUCAUACAAAACAAACAAGUCAUUCAAUGGCAUGUUUAUUAAUUUAUCCAUUGAAUAGAUUCAAUAAAGAUUUCUUAUAUAAUGAUAAUAGUCAAUUACAUUUAACUAAUUCAUGUCUUUCAUCACCUAUUCAUCGCCAACAUAAUCCUAAUAAUGUAUAUCUAAAUGAUAGAUUACAAUUUAUGAUUGAUUCAUGUGUAAAAUCAAAAUCAACAAUGAACAUUACAUCUAAUCAUCAAAUGAAAUUAUCAACAGAACAAUUAACAUUGAAUGAUUAUGAUAAAAUGAAUCAAGUCAAUCAGAAAAAUCAUCAUCAUCAUCACCAUCAUCAUCAUCAUCAUCAUCCUAUUUUCAAUAAUUGUACACAUAGAAAUAUACUUUUACCAACAUGUUCUCAUCAUAAUGAUUGUUUAAAACAACAAUAUGAUCAUUGUACAAUAUAUCAUAAUUUAAAGAAUCAAGAUUAUAAAGAUGGUUGGGUUUAAAUUCUAUUUUACUUAUUUAUACUGAUGAAGGUAUGGGGAUCGGAACUGUAGAGGAGAAUAGAGUUUAUACUUUGCAUGAGGUUUGAAAUGACUUGGAUAAGAUAAUUUGACAAAGAUGCUACUAUGGGCUGUAUUCCAGAAAAAUCUUGUAUAGGUUAACUAUGAAGUGUACUGUUAACUAUAAAAGAUUUGAUAGUUAAGCUCGUAGCUUAUGUUGUAGCUGAUUACAUUACUGUGAAACUGUGAAGGAUCUUCUGUAUAAUAUCGGGAAUGGUAAUGACAGUUUUUAUCAUAUGGCGUAGAGUAAAAAGGAAAAAGUUUACUUCAUUUUGAUUUUCAGUACGAAUACACACCGAGAAAGCGUGGUCUAUCGAAACUUGUGAUGUUAUUUUCGUGGUUUGAAGGAAAACGUGUCAGAAUUGUUACCACAGGGAGGUAAAAUCCGACUCACACGUCCGCGUCAUGCCUCCUGGGUAAUGUGACUAUUCCCAUUAACUAACGUGAGCGGUAACCCGGGUGGUAGAGAUCGGGCUAAUCACCCACUCGACCUAUACCCACAAUCUGAUUACGAAAACUACAAAGAAACAUUGCACAAUUAUUAAUGGUUCACAAAACGACAAAAAAAAUUCACAAAAACUAAAACUUGGUUUAUGGAAUGUCCGGGGUUGCUCUCAAGAGAAUAAACUCCAACUGAUUGCAGAACAAGUCAUCGAACGUAAGUACCACAUAGCAGUGAUUACUGAAACAAGGAUGGUCUCCAAAACCAUCAAAUUAGACAAAAAUACAACCUUCCUAAACUCUAAUCCUGACAUAAACGACUACCGGAACGCCGGUGUCGGCUUCAUCAUUAAUAACCAAUCACUGGUUACUGCCACCAACUUUAAGGAGAUAGAUGGUAGAAUAGCUACCAUUAAAAUACAUAGCAAAAUCACUAACCAAACUAUCAACCUUAUUGGUUGUUAUGCCCCAACUGAGUCUUCUACUGAGGAUAUCAGUAAAGAAACCUUCUACCUUAAACUGAAUAACACAAUCAAGAAACUUAAACUAAAUAAAUUUCCCAUAAUCAUAUUAGGCGACUUUAACUGUAGGCUGGGCCGGGACCUUCACACUUACUACCCCAGUAUUGU